CUGGGAUGGAACGAAAAAAUCCUGAGGUGGCGACCCGCAGACUGGGAUGGCUGGUUGGUUGAGCCUGCUCUCGCCCACCCCGACCGCCUACCACUGAUGUUCCCGGAUGCGCUGGUGUCCAGCGCCUGCCCUUUCACCAUUGCCCCCUCUUAACUAAGUCCCGGUGCUUUAGGUAGCAGUGCUUUAAAACCCAGAACGCGUUGCUGCCAGCCCGCAGGAAGCGUUAUCAAUCCAGCGAAUGAGGCUGGGUGGAUGCACGCUGCUGGGUUUAGAAAAAAACAAAAACAAAAAAUGAGCAAGCGAGAGGCCCCUUCCGUUCUAUGAGAACCAGGCUGCAAGCAAGUAAAUCUGCUGUCCACACUGCAAUCGUCUGCGCUCGAGUGCCAAGAGAUCCUGUUCCUAUCAAUUACAGAAGCCAUAAAGGAAAUUUUUAAAAAAUUAAAACUUUACCAUAAUGAGGUGCUGCCACAUCUGCAAACUUCCUGGAAGAGUGAUGGGGAUUCGAGUGCUUCGUUUCUCUUUGGUGGCCAUCCUUGUGCUGCUGCUGGUAGCUGGGGCUCUGACCACUUUACUUCCAAAUAUUAAAGAAGACAAGAUGCUCACUCUGCGUAGGGAAAUAAAAUCCCCGGGCAAGUCCACCCUGGAUUCCUUUACUCUGAUAAUGCAGACAUACAACAGAACAGACCUCUUACUGAGACUUCUAAAUCAUUAUCAGGCAGUGCCACACCUGCAUAAAGUGAUCGUGGUGUGGAACAAUAUUGGGGAGAAGGGACCGGAUGAGUUAUGGAAUUCUCUAGGGCCUCACCCCGUCCCUGUGAUCUUCAAAGUACAGACAACAAAUAGGAUGAGAAAUCGACUCCAGGUCUUUCCUGAACUGGAAACCAAUGCUGUGUUAAUGGUAGAUGAUGACACACUAAUUAGUGCCCAAGACCUUGUCUUUGCUUUCUCGGUUUGGCAGCAAUUUCCUGAUCAAAUUGUAGGAUUUGUUCCUAGAAAGCAUGUGUCUACUUCAUCAGGUAUCUACAGUUAUGGAGGUUUUGAACUGCAAACACCGGGGUUUGGAAAUGGUGACCAGUACUCUUUGGUGCUGAUUGGAGCCUCAUUCUUCAAUAGCAAAUACCUUGACCUCUUUCAGAGGCAACCUGCAGCUGUCCAUGCCUUGAUAGAUGAAACCCAAAACUGUGAUGAUAUUGCCAUGAAUUUUAUCAUUGCCAAACACACUGGGAAGACUUCAGGGGUAUUCGUGAAACCUGUAAACAUGGGCAAUCUAGAAAAAGAAACCAACGGGGGCUAUCCUGGAAUGUGGCAUCGAGCUGAGCACUUCCUGCAGAGAUCUUAUUGUAUAAAUAAGCUUGUUGAUAUCUAUGAUAGCAUGCCUUUAAAAUACUCCAACAUUAUGAUUUCUCAGUUUGGUUUUCCAUAUGCCAACCACAAAAGUAAAAUAUGAGAGUAAAACAAACAAAAUCAAACCUCAAAACUGCUUUGUAUUUGAGUAGCUUCUCUGCACUACAAUUGGUGUGGUUUUUUUGUUUGUUUUGUUUUUGUUUUUUUAAGCAACAUCAUGAACUUUUAUCCACUACAGAAGUCUCUACAAAGGAGAAAAUGUACAGUGCUUCUAGGACAUAAAAGUCACAUGAACUUCAAAAGCCAAGAAGCUGGUACUCUCUUGAUAGGUCUUCUUGUGAGGAGUUUUCAUCCGCAGAGAGAACUCCUUGGCCAGCGAUUUUAAUGUUUACAUUCUGAGACUUCUAGACUUCUACAAUUUCGUUGACUCAUGGCAUUUGCCUUAAGGACCUAUUGCAAGUUGUCUCCAGGAUCAGAAACUCCAGAGAAGCAUUUCUCAGCUUUUUCAUUAAAGGAUGAUUGUUUUCAUUUGAAGCCUGAGAUGCCUCGUUAGCAAAAGCCUGUGGUGUAGAGAAAAGCCAUGUGAGGCGAGGAUAAUCUCAAUCCCUUAUAAAAACAAGUAGAAAACUCAUGACUACCAUGCUUUCAUUGUGGUCUUUCCAGCACUAACUCAGCCUGGCAUGGUUUCGAUGCAUCAAUCACUGCUUUUAUUUUCAUUGAUAAGUCUGUGUGACUGGAAGUGUUCAUUUUAGUAGCUGAAGGAUGUCUCAUUGAUCACUUGGUUUUUGUGAACAUUUACUGCAUGGAUCACAGAAAAGUGCAGCCUGUGUUUCUCAUGUGCAACUUAUAUGCAGCAAGGAGUAAAUGUGUUACUAGAUUCAGGUAGUGCAUUUUGGCCCUGAAUCUGACCUUGAGAGUAUACAUUGAUUCUUAUAUUUUACAUAAACCAUGCAUUGUUGUUUAAGAAACUUCUAAAAUAAUCUUCUAAAAGAAUGCUUUAAUUAGGAACUGGCAAAAGUUAAAACCCUUGGUGUCAAGAGAUAUUUGUUGUUAGGGCAUAGGUUACCUCAUGGAUACUGAAGUUACGUGUAUUAUACACAAAGUUAAUUUCUUGUAUUCAGAGCUGCUGCUGCUGCUGCUUUCAAUUUCCCCCCAAAAAAGACUCGAGGCACCAUUCAUCAUGAUGAAAUUUUGAUUACAUGGAUACAGGAAAAAAAUAAGAGAACUGAAUCGUAGCAGAGGAAUUUUAUACAGAGUCUGCAUCAGUAAAUUGUUGAAUUGCUCACUCUGUUGCGUGAAUUAGUAUCUGUGUUCCACAGAGUGUCCGUGUUUGAGUCCUUGUUCAUACUAGUAGCAAGGAAUAUUUAAUUAAGCUUCAUCACCUCCUCUUCUUCUCCCCCUUCUUCUCCCAUAAUGUCAUUAUAUUCUCACAAUUGCAAAGCUGUGAAAACAUUGUUACAAUCAUGGUUAAUGUUCCAACAAUGAAGUCUGUGUGCAAUCAGUUCAGUACAUGUUGUUUCUUUACCUUGGCAUGUGUAUGUGUCUUAAUGCAGUCAGAUAAAGCCAGUAGAACUCAGAACCUCACUAAAAAUCUAUAAUGUUCAUUAUCUGCUUUGGUCAACCUUGGUAGUGAUUUUUUUGCCUCUUGGGAUUCCACUGGCAGAUAAAUAAAAUCAACUUCUACCAUGAA